GCCCCCACUGGUCUUGGGAACUGUUAGUAGGACGUGGCUCUUUCUUCCUGAGCUUUCCAUUUAUCUCCGCUGCACUUGCAGCUUCAGACGCCGUAUGGCGUCCGCCGCGUCCCAACCCGCGGCCCUCAGCGCUGAGCAGGCAAAGGUGGUCCUGGCGGAGGUGAUCCAGGCGUUCUCCGCCCCUGAGAAUGCAGUGCGCAUGGACGAGGCUCGGGAUAACGCGUGCAACGACAUGGGUGUCCUUAAAUUUGCUCGCUUGGUCAAGUCCUAUGAAGCCCAGGAUCCUGAGAUCGCCAGCCUGUCAGGCAAGCUGAAGGCGCUGUUCCUGCCGCCCAUGACCCUGCCACCCCACGGGCCUGCUGCUGGUGGCAGCGUGGCUGCCUCCUGAGAGUUGGCCCUCCCUGUGCCCCUGCCAGGGAAGAAAAGGCCUUGAUGUUCCAGACGAUAAUAAACGUGCCUGUGACUUA